AUGAGUGAUCCGGAGCUCGUUUUUGAGCGUCUUCUUGUUGAGCAUCCAGAGGUAUUCUAUUCUGGACGUAUUGCACGAGAUCUUUUUUGCCAAUGGAACAGAUUUCGUAGCUGUGGGGUGAUACCUAUGACUUCAACAGCUACGGCAGCCCACUCUGGCAUCUCCACUUCAGACAAUGCAUCGAGACUACAGCAAGACUUUCUCUGCUCAGCUUCUAGUACCGGCUUCAGGCCCCUCGAACCCGAACUUCGUGUCGGUGGUGAUCCUGAGAGUUUCUCAGAUACAGAGCUUCUGCUCGAAGAGACAGUAUCAGUGGCUCUUUCAGCGGGUCUUUCCAAACUGAAGGAGCCAUCAACUUUAGCACGCCGACGUCAAAUGCUCGGGAACUCUUCAUACCUGGGGUUUCAGGCUCUAGCAACAGAGGCAGUUUUUGAGGCUCUCGUCUCUGAGACCCUUCCCCAAACUACUGGCCAAGGAAAUCCAAAUUUAACAGUCAGUUGGCCUGGUGGCCGACCUCCCCUCACAUCUUCGAUUGCUCUCGGCCAGUCUGGCACUGGCGUCACAGGCUCGCCGACGGCAGCUUUUGGCCUCUCAGCUUCGUCUCCUUCCUCUUCCACUGCAUCUUGCAGUGGGAAUGUGACAUAUGCCUCACAGUCAGUCACCUGUGGAGGUAAUGCUAUUUCAUCUGUGUCAUCGUCUGAUGAUCUGAGGUCAGGCAAGCUGUCUGAUCCGGCGAAAAAUGAGCUGCAUAAUUUACAAGCUGAGGUGAGCUACGUGAAGAAAAAUCUCAUGAAAGUACUUCAUAAUCUGUUACAAUCCUGUCUGAUAUUUCAACUUUCCUACAAGUUCCUUCAGUAA